UUGGUGAUGCUACAGCCUUUGAGUCAUCCUUGUUUCUGUAAGUAUACCCUCACGUAUCUGUACGUAACUCCAACAAGCUCACUGUUUCCCCAAAUUGGACUGGGAAAGUUCAUUACUCUUAUUUCUCCUCAGUGUCCUGUCUGGGGUGAAUCUUUUGAUGGCCCUCCUGAAGAAGUCUCACGUAUAACACCUCCCAUCCUUGGGUACCUCUUAAAAGGUGUUUGUAAUGGGUGAUCACAAAGGGACGUUGGUAAAAGUAUGGGCUAUUAUGUGAUUGUGCUUGGAGACUAUGGCUAAGUGUAGAAUGCACGAUUCUUUCUGAUUGUCUGAACUAUUCAUGUUUAUGUUCCUCUCUCUGAGUCUCUAGUUACUAUUUCUCUCCUCUCCAUCUCUGCCUUCAUUAUUUUUUUAAUUUUUUUAUUAAUUACACUUUAUUCAUUUUGUAUCCCCCCCAUAAGCCCCUCCCUCCUCCCCUGCCUAUCCCAACCUCCCUCCCUUUUCUGCAUGCAUGCCACUCCCCAAGUCCACUGAUAGGGGAGGUUCUCCUCUCCUUUCUGAUCUUAGUCUAUCAGUUCUCAUCAAAAGUGGCUGCAUUGUUUACCGUAGGCUCUCCUUACCCCAGCCUCCUCCCUUUCCUUAUGCUGAGAAGGUUUCUGGACAUCCAGCUCCCUUCACCUCUGAUAUGGAGAAUGUUAGACCUCUGUAUCCCAAAAAAGAUAAAGCAGAGGAAGGUUUUCAGGCUCUUGAGUUUCUAGGAGGAUCGAGCCUACUCACCAAAUGCUGUUUUUUGUUGUUGUUGUUGUUGUUGUUGUUGUUGUUGUUGUUUUUAAAUAAGAUUUGAGUAUAAUCUCUGGGUCAUUGUAAAUCACAGAAAACUCUGCCUUCCUGUUUGCUGUUACUCAAUUCAUUUCUGCUUUGUGACCCCUCCCCCUGUCUCUUUGUAUAUUUUCUGCUGAGCCCAUGAAAGACAGGCCACUUUCUUCAGAAGAUCAAACUUUCCAGAGGAAAACUGACAACUGUUGGAAAGUGCAGGAGUGAACAAGAUGGACACCAACACCUCUCUCCUCAUGAAUAUGUCUGCAGGGAACUCCAUGAAUGUGUCUGGGAGGAUUCAAUCAGUAUCUGCUGGCUACAUUGUUCUGGAUGUCUUUUCAUAUUUGAUCCUUGCAGUCACCUUUGUCCUCGGAGUGCUGGGCAACGGGCUUGUGAUCUGGGUGGCUGGGUUUCGCAUGGUACGCACAGUCACCACCAUUUCUUACUUGAACCUGGCCAUUGCUGACUUUUGCUUCACCUCCACUUUGCCAUUUUUCAUCACCUCCAAGGCCAUGGAAAGACAGUGGCCAUUUGGUUGGUUCAUGUGCAAGUUCAUAUUUACUAUAAUAGACAUAAAUCUGUUUGGAAGCGUCUUCCUGAUUGCCCUCAUCGCAUUGGACCGCUGUAUUUGUGUCCUGCAUCCAGUCUGGGCUCAGAACCACCGAACAGUGGGUCUGGCCAAGAAGGUAAUCAUUGUACCCUGGCUGUGUGCUUUUCUUCUUACCUUGCCGGUUAUCAUUCGUGUGACCACAGUCCCUAAUAAACUUGGACCAGGAAAAACAGCAUGCACUUUUGACUUCUCCCCCUGGACCAAAGACUCUGAAGAGAAACAGAAGGACGUGCCAAAGCCCUCAGAAGCAGCUCAACGCUGCUCCGGCCUGGCCAGGCGGAUACUCACCAUCACCUUCGCCCUGCUCAUCCUGGGCCUCAUGACCUGGGCCUAUGCUGCAGGUGUACCUUUGGCUUCCGAUCCCUAUGGCCUCCUGGCCUUUGGCCUCUACGGGGCGUUCCUCAGUGCUCACCUAGUGGCGCAGAGCCUCUUCGCUUACCUGGAGCACCGGAGGGUGGCGGUGGCUGCGCGGCGGGCCAGAGCAAAAGGACCCCUGGAUGCCGCCACUGCACGCAGCGUGGCGCUCACCAUCUCCGCCUACCAGGAGGAUCCCGCGUACCUGCGCCAGUGCUUGACCUCGGCGCGAGCCCUGCUUUACCCGCGCUCGCGACUGCGCGUCCUUAUGGUGGUAGACGGCAACCGUGCCGAGGAUCUGUACAUGGUGGACAUGUUCCGAGAAGUCUUCGCAGAUGAGGACCCUGCAACCUACGUGUGGGAUGGCAACUACCAUCAGCCCUGGGAGCCGGCGGAAGCGGAAAGCACAGUGGGUGAGGGCGUCUACCGUGAGGUGGAGGCAGAGGAUCCCGGGCGGCUGAUGGUGGAAGCCUUGGUGAGGACGCACAGGUGUGUGUGCGUGGCACAGCGCUGGGGCGGCAAGCGCGAGGUCAUGUACACGGCUUUCAAGGCACUGGGCGACUCCGUGGACUACGUGCAGGUAUGUGACUCAGACACAAGAUUAGACCCCAUGGCACUACUGGAGCUUGUGCAAGUGUUGGAUGAAGAUCCCCGGGUAGGAGCUGUUGGAGGAGACGUGAGGAUCCUUAACCCUCUGGACUCCUGGGUCAGCUUCUUGAGCAGCCUGCGAUACUGGGUAGCCUUCAAUGUGGAGAGAGCUUGUCAGAGCUACUUCCACUGUGUGUCCUGUAUCAGUGGUCCUCUGGGUCUGUACAGGAAUAACCUCUUGCAGCAAUUCCUGGAGGCCUGGUACAACCAGAAGUUUCUGGGCACGCACUGCACUUUUGGGGACGACAGGCACCUCACCAACCGCAUGCUUAGCAUGGGCUAUGCUACCAAGUAUACCUCCCGCUCCAGAUGCUACUCAGAGACACCCUCCUCCUUCCUGCGCUGGCUGAGCCAGCAGACCCGCUGGUCCAAGUCUUACUUCCGAGAGUGGCUAUACAAUGCCCUGUGGUGGCACCGCCACCACGCGUGGAUGACCUACGAGGCGGUAGUCUCAGGCCUGUUCCCUUUCUUCGUGGCUGCCACUGUGCUUCGGCUCUUCUAUGCUGGGCGCCCGUGGGCUCUGCUCUGGGUGCUGCUGUGCGUGCAGGGCGUGGCUCUGGCCAAAGCGGCCUUUGCAGCCUGGCUACGUGGCUGCCUGCGCAUGGUGCUGCUGUCACUCUAUGCACCACUCUACAUGUGCGGCCUCCUGCCCGCCAAGUUCCUGGCGUUGGUCACCAUGAAUCAAAGUGGCUGGGGCACCUCGGGCCGGAAGAAGCUGGCUGCUAACUACGUCCCGCUGCUGCCCCUGGCACUCUGGGCUAUACUGCUGCUUGGAGGCCUGGUCCGAAGUGUGGCCCAGGAGGCCAGAGCUGACUGGAGCGGCCCAUCCAGGGCAGCCGAGGCCUACCACCUCGCUGCUGGGGCAAGCGCCUAUGUGGCCUACUGGGUGGUAAUGCUGACUAUCUAUUGGGUGGCUGUGAGGAGGCUAUGCCGACGUCGGAGUGGUGGCUACCGUGUCCAGGUGUGAGUCUAGCCAUGAAGAUGCCCAUUGAAGGCUUGCUUAUAGGGGAAGCAAGAGGAGUCCUGCGGGAUAGCCCCCUGGAGUCAUGGAUUUCAUGGUGACUCCCUGCCUCAGUUUACUUUCUCUUUGAAAUGAAGGAGUCAUCCAGGAUUCUUCAGUCUGGACUGUACUGGAACUCAGACUUGUGGGUCUCUGGGAAGGGGUAAUUUAUUGAUCAGGGUGUGGGUUUAUAGAACCAGGGCCAGAGGUUCCCAGUUUCUUCCUGUUGCUAUUUAAUCUGUUUGUACUGUGAUUAAGAUAUAAUAAAUUUUUUUAUUUAUUUUCCUCCAA